AUGAGCCGCUCCCAGUACACGGAGGACCACCUCUCUGUAAUAAGCAAUUCAGACUAUUAUGGGAGUAUAAUAGCUGGAAACCAAUGGAUCUACUGGGGUUCUAAAAUAAUUCAGCAUGAAUCAAAGAAAUAUCGUUUGAGAAUAAUCGAACAAUGCGAUUUUAUUGAUGAUCACUUAUUCACUCCAUUUGGAACCGAACCCUAUAUAGAUAGGUGUUUUACGAACCUGAUUCGCGUCGAAUCACCAAAAACAGCCUACGUUUGUAAGGAACAAGUUGGGAACGAGUGGAAUUAUUCUCGUGAAAUCCUUGAACCGUGUGAUUUUGUGGUCGAUGUCUUUGUUAUCGUGUUGGAUAUUACUCUCACAGGUGAAGCUGCACUUUCUCAACAAAGGUUUCUUAAAAGAGCCAUAAUGGAAGUGCGAAAACGGAAAAUUCCUUUUGUAUUUGCCUCGUCAAAACACGAUUGUGCUGCCUCCCCUGAAAAUAAGGAGUUCGUUAAGUAUUUGCUGCACAAAGGAUCGAAGUCGCUAAAGAAGAUUCGAUACUGUAGGGUAGAAACGUCGGCUAGACUUGAUGUUAAUGUCCAACAAGCUUUUUUAUCGGCUGCUCUCUUGUGCUCUUCGGCAUCGAACGAAAUCAAUUGCAAAUACUUUCCUUAUUCACCACCACCUAGUGAUUGUCCCCAACCCUUAAUAAAUUCCAGCGUUCACUUCCGACAUUCAGAACGUGCUGGCACUUUGGUUUCCAUUUAUGCGGACGCCAACUCGAUUACACUCGAUAGGGACAGUUUCCGACCGAUUCCGCGUCUUGUCAAUCGAUUAAGUUUAACAGAGAAUGUGACCUAUGAUCUGCCUGUAGAAGGAAAAAAUCUACCUCCAAACCUAGCAUGUUGUCAAAUACCGAUUGCUAUUUCUUCGGACUCCUCAAGACAACCCUCACUGCGUCAAAAAAAUUCACACUUUCCCGAAGCCCCGUCAUUAACUGGUGCUUGCACUUCACACGUAUGCUAUCGGACAAUCAAUUCGAAUUCCAAGUUGCCACUACUGCAACUACCAACGCCAUUACAAUCCCGAUUGACGCACAUCGUCCAUCAGCCUCACACCGCAGCCAUUCCAGUGGCUCCCACUACAACUAUAGGAACAUUUGAACCCAUUCAGGGGAAUACACCUCCCGAAAGUUUCUCGACAUUGCCCUCAAAGCCUCUUCUAAUGCUUUUUCUUAGUGGACCUGGAGCUACAAAAUUGAAGGGGGUUUUGCAGCGACAAUGCUACCGCGAUAGGUUCCACUUAGCGGUAAGCUUAAGUGUGCAUAGUUUGAACAGAAGAGGUGCAAGUUCCUUAUUUUAUUUAUUUUACACUUAUCUUAUUGAUAACUCUAAGCCAAAGUAA